AUGCCUACUCACAGUGAAGAUCAUUCAAGAAUAAAGCGUAGGAAGUUAGAUGAGGGCACUUCCGCUGAGAAUGUCAAUUUCACAUCGCCGGCUCAGCUACGCGACCUACUAGUUUUUCAACAGAAUGCGCCUAUUGCCAAGCAAGGUCAGUCGAUACCCAUUGCGGAACCUGAAAAGUGCCUCUCUAUUAACAAGAAUGUUUUGAAAGGAAUUCUCAAGUUUAAAGAAUUUCUGAUUUCAAUUGGGCAAGCGGAGAAGGAGAGUGACAAGCUUCAGAGGCUUCGGAUCUUGAAAGGCUAUUGUGACAAGCAAAUCACCCCUGGCAAAGAGGAAGACUCCUCCAUCUGUUUUCCAGACCUAAUCCAGACGUGGAGUUUCGCUGACAGCAACAAUAAUGAGCCUCUGUUAACGAAUGUGCCGUCUGUCCUGGCUCUUUUCCUGAAGACAGUCUCUCACCACCUUGAGUUUCGGGAAUUUGGUGUUGCCUUGUGCAAGCACUUAUUGCAGAAGGAUCAGCUCAGACUUUUCAAUCGUGGUCUGACAGCCACCAAGACAAAGGAACAUCUGAUCUCUCCAUGUCUGCGUCUCCUUACUGAAAUUGUCACAUAUGAUGGCGGCGCUGUCGCGCGAAAACUCUACUUGAGUCGUUACAUCACCUUUAAGCGGCUUGAGAUUUUCUUGACGCCGAGCAAGCUGCAGCUUGAGGCCGCAGAGGAUGACGCGCCCAAAUCGACUCUCAGACGCAACGCUGUGAAGUAUGUCCUUGCCAAUCUCCGAGUUCAGCAAACCCUGGAGAAAAGCGACAUUGUUGAGCAACCAAAGCUCACUCGUGCCUUGCUUGAACACAUCCGAAAGGACUCCCGAGGAGAUGUCAUGGAUAUUAUCAAAGCCGUUGAGCGAGAUGUGGUGCAAGACGACUCACUUUCACGCAAAUCCAAGAGCAAAUUCUUCAACAAAUGGAAUUUAGAGAAGCUUGUGACGCUCUAUGGAUAUGAUCGGGAGUCCGAUGAGCCCAACCCAGAGGGAAUAAUCAUCGCAAAUGAAAUUCAUCGGGUUCUGAUGAACGUCUGCAAGACUGCUGGCCUAGGUGUUCUGUUACCAGAGACAGGCUGGUAUCCAGUUGGAGCAGACCCCGAGCUCUUACCAAUUGAAGACGACGAAUGCAUUGAAUUAGGUCUUGACUCUCCUGCACAUGUGGAAAAAUACAGGGAAAAUGUUCCUGUGCGAAACAAUUCCUUGUCCCAUCUGAUUCAAUGUCUCCGCCCCGAUGCAGACAGUCUACAGAUUGAAUUGCUGGUCACUAUUUUCAAGGCUGCCCCGGAGCUGAUCGCCGAUUUCUUCUCGAAGAAGACCAUGUUCACAGCUGAUCCUAAGGCUACCCCUUCAUGGAUGGCUGAAUCUACCUUUCUCUUUUCAACUGUGCAGCUUCCGGUCCCAGCAAAUUGUGGCUGGAAAGAUAAGCUACCUGCUCUGGCGCCUCCCGUAUCUGUUGUCAUUGAGAAUGUCAUUCCACGACCGCUGAGCCAGAAGACCAUGACACGAUGCUUGAAUCAGAAUGCUGAAAUCAUCACUUUAUUUGCAGUCCGUAUUCUGACGCUCGCUUUCAAGAAACUUGGUUUGGUCCUCAAAGUCUUCCGAGCUGAUCACGGCCAGUCUCAGUUGUUCUGGAAUCAAGCUUCUUCAAAGCUUCUGGCUGAGUUCUCUCGCAGAGCGCCGGCUGUCAAGGAUGCAGUCACGCUUUUCCGUCGCACUUCCAAGGAUGACCUGCAACAACAGGAGGCUGUUGCGGAGCUGUUGGCAUGCUACUACGAGUUGAUGCCAGAUAUCGCUUUAGAGGAGAAUUUUGAUGUCUCGUUGGUUCUCGUAGAUGUUUUAAAGCGUAUUGAGGAGCCCGAAUUAAGCAAGGACGACUCCGAAAUGCUGUUAAGUCAGCUGCAGAGCGUUCUCCAGAUAGCUCAACAGUCUGCGUCUAUGCGGUGGUGGCAGAAGCCAGCAUCUAUGCAAUAUUCGCCCUUCACUUCGAUUCUGAAGGUUCUCACGACAACAUCUGAUAAGGAUUCUGCACGUCGCAUUUCGGCCUUACUCAGGUCGAUCCUCGCGGAGAACUCAGUUCUGCAAAAUUCACCUCAUUCAUUCAAUGCCUUGCUCUCCAGCUUUGAAGAUUCUGACUCAAAGGCUCUUCAUCAUCAACUAAGCUUCCUCGAUAACUGCGUGACCCGAGUCGCAAAGAAGCCUGUCCACUACUUGGACUUGAUCGGAGACAGCUCGCCAAAUGAUUCUCUGACAAGUCCACUUGUCGCCGCCAUCGUUGAACAAUGGCCUUUUGUGGUGAGAGCUAAGGAUGAGGCUGCUGAAGCCGCUAUUGGUGCAUGGAUCGCGAAACUUCUUGCUCACCUGAAACAAGCUGGAGAAAGCUCCGAUGCCAUAAAGGCCGCUCGAGACACUUUAGUGGACGCUACCGAGGCGAAGAAGACCCGCUCCGUCCUCAAGAAGUCCCUGAAAGGGUUGGAUGAAAGCAGCAACGAAGACAGAAUGGAUGUUGAUUCUGGGCCAUCAACCUCUCACGCCGCGUCUCAGAAUGAUUCUGCGGUGGACCUAGAGGAGAUAUUCGGUCCUCUGCCAACCGAGGGAACCACGCACAAUGCGCUCCAUCGAUGGGAAAGAGAGGAUAUAGAGCAAGCUGUUGAACAAGGCCGUAUUGCAGAGCUAGUACUUUGUCUUUGUUCGCAACACGAGGAAGUACGGAGGCAGGCAUUCUCCAAGAUCGCUCGUUUCAUGGCUCAGCUGAAAGAAUCUAAUUACGCAGAGUGGCGCACCGUUUAUACUCUCGCGGGUGAGCUUCUCGAAACCGUGAACCAGAUUGGCAUGAACGAGCCGGUUCCCUGGAUUGUUGGUGAAUGUGCUGCCAAUUGCUUGCGAGUCUUGGUCAGCCCUUUGCAUAAGGUCUACGGCAAAGUCAAUAAGUUCCUGCAGAAGGCCCCCGUUUGGGAAGUGGAGAAACUCCCGUCGUACUGGAUCGACAAAAUUAUUUUGAAUGAGCCUGAGCUGGACGAUGGCUAUCCUGACGAAGUUGACUGGCUACUUGGGCUGUUUGUCAAAGGCCUUCGAAGCCACGCUGAUAUGGAAAUCUAUAGACGGGCAAACGUCUUUGAACGCAUUCUCUCGCUCUAUCAAUCGCCAAGUCUCAACGACGCAGCUCGGCGCAAAAUUCUUCACAUCUUGUACCGUGCUGCGCAGGUGGGUGGGAGUACUACGCUCAUCACUCGUGCCGGAGUGAUUAGCUGGAUACACAUUCGAGUUGCGGAAGCUGACGCGAAGGAAGCCGCGCUUCUGGUGGCUUUGGCACUUACUCUCCAUGAGACUUCUGACCGCGCACGCGUUGACACAUGGAGUGCUGGCACUGUUGAGCAUGCUCUCAAGGAGAUUACGCACGACAAAGCCUGA